ACGCAUCAGCGGUGCUUGUGACUUGCGAAAUGGAGAAAGGAGGUGUUCGUGUUCAACAAGCCUGUGCGUUUGCGUAUUUUACACUUAAAUAAAACAGGAAACAUCGACAAGCAGGACGACGUCUCCAACAGCCGGCUGGAUACGACCACAGCAGCCAACAUAGAGCUCAUGAAAUGCAGCACUCGGUAGGAUGAUCAGUAAUCAAGAAGAAGAUGAGUUUGUUGCAGUGCGGGUCCAAGAUCCCCGCAUUCAGAACGAAGGCUCAUGGAAUUCAUAUGUGGAUUAUAAAAUAUUCCUACAUACCAACAGUAAAGCCUUUACAGCGAAGACGUCCUGCGUGCGUCGACGCUACAGUGAGUUCGUCUGGCUCAAGAGGAAGCUUCAGAAGAAUUCUGGUUUGGUGCCAGUCCCAGACCUUCCAGGAAGGUCUUUCUUCUCCUUCAGCAAUGAGGAUUUCCUGGAGAGGAGAAGGAAAGGACUUCAGGCCUUCUUGGACAAAGUGGUGCACAUGACAGUAUGCCUGUCAGACAGCCAGCUCCACCUCUUCUUGCAGACGCAGCUGCCGGUCGGUCACAUCGAGGACUGCGUGCAGGGCCACACUCCCUACUCUGUGACGGACGCCAUCCUCACUUACGCCUCAUCCAAUCGGGGGUUCGCUCAGGCUCAGGAGGAGGAUUCUAUCAAAGAGCCAAUUUUGACCGUUUCUUAUGAGUCCAUGGAGAGCCCAGCUCCUCAUCAACCUUACCUACAAACUAAAGAGAUCUGCAGCACUGAGCUUCUUUCAUGUAGUGACUAUGACCCACUAGAUAGUUUACUGGAGCUUUGUGAUGAGGACACGGUCCAGUUACAGCACAAGGAGAAAUCCUCAAUAAAGGUCAUCCAGAAGAACGACCAUCUAGAGGCUGUUGUUGAGGACUGUGGCUCGACAGAAGUAAAGUUUUUUCUAGAUAACAGCCUGGACGAACCUGAGAGUCUCGGCCUUCCAGAACAACCCCAGCAGGGUUGCUGUCAGAUACAGACACCAGUGGAGGUGCACUCGCCCAUGGGGACUGGCUUUGACGAGAUCUGUGGGGUGGACAGCAUGUUUGAGGAGUGUUCGGUAAGAGAGGAGAGCGUUGUGACAUUAGAUACAGAAGAAAAGACUGUUACUUAUCCAGACACAGAGGAGAAGGCUGAUCAACGGGAAUGUUCUGGGGAGGAAAAUAUAGAAAACGUCGACUCUGAGCCAGAAAAAUGUGUGGACUGUGUAGCGAUUUCAGACUUUAAGGACAAUGAUGCCAGAUCUCAGGAGGAAGUUCUGGAAAACGUCUGCUCUGAGGUUUUUGAAAAUUGUGUCAUCUCUGAGGUUAAUGGUCUCGAGCACGAUGGAGCCGACGGGCAACAAGAGCCAGACAACAAUACAAGUGAUGACUCACAAAGAAAAGAACUGGAGACCCUUCAUGGGUCAGAAAUCCAUGAAGACACUCACAAUGUGCACAGGGUCCCAGAGGUGGAAAGUGGGGCCGAUGACAUCGUUCAACAAAACCAAAAGACAGUUGAAGAGGAAGUGGAUUUCGUUGGGACCAAAGACGAGAGCGACGAGGACAGCUGCUCAUCUUCCAACGGGAGCAUCGUCAAGGUCAGCGAUGAAGAAAGCAUAUGCGAAGAAAACAGGGACUCGAUCCAGGUUGCAAACGGCUACAUGAAGAUGUCUCCGGAGGAGGUUACUCACUGGUCAGAAGUAGAGGCCUCCAGUACAAACAUUAUGAACCGACACAUGAAUGGAUGUCUUGCGGGAACAGAGGACAUUACCACCCAGGAGGACGUGGACCUGCGAUACAUGACAGACAUCAGGGACUUGAGUAAAUCUCUGGACCUUAACUCAACUGUAACCAUCGAAGAUGUGACUGAAAAUAGUGACUUCAGCAUCUUAGGGACCAGCUUCACGCACGGAUUAGACGAUCGUAAAGAGCAGGAAACCUUGUCCUCGCUGUCUCUGGAAACCUCAGAGGAGAUUCGUGAGGUAGAGGCGCAUUAGUGAAACAGCUGACGCAUUCGAUCACACGCACAUAAACUAGGUUCAUACUGGUUGUUGUGUUCUGCUCAUUAUAUGCAGAAUGGAUGGUCUUCUAAGACAAGGACAGAGGCAUAUUAUGCUUUAAGAGGACCGUAUGAUUUAAACCUAGAGCUGUCACGCACGUUGUAGGUCUAACAUUCUUUUCUUUUAAAUAGGGUUUAUUUCAUUUUAAAAUUAGCAUAAUUUACUUCAUUUUUCACUCAGGUACACUAAAUAUUUCCGAGACAAUAUGUUUGUCUCCUAUGAUGAUUGGCUCUUUGGGAACAGCAGAGGGGGCUGAAGUUCACAAAAAGGCUACGUGCAUUUAAGUAAAGAGGUGAUUUACCCAUAUAGAAAGAGCUAAAGGUUUUAUUGUUGUGUGAACAGAUAAAUGUCAUUGCUCUGAAAUGCACGCAUUUUUUCAAGUGACUGUCAACACUCACAUGUCUGUAGGUACUUUGCUAAAUAUCCACUGAACUCACGUUAACUGUAGUUGAACUUUGAGGGCUGAUGGUUUUGCUGAAUCACGUGCAUUGCAAUCACUUUAGAAAGGGAAGCCAGCAUGGGCAGGAGAAACAUUUACAGCAGCCAAAAACUGUUUCAGUGUACGUGUGGGCAUGUGAGUAUUGUUUUAAGACACGCUUGGAAAAAUCCAUCAUUAAUAAAGUAAAUUGAGAAUCACGCACCGCUCUCAUUUACAGCCUCGCUUAAUGUGAAAACCAUAAAUAUCACUGUAUUAUUGAGUCCUACUGAAUCCUGAUAAUGUAAGUUUAAUGCUGAAAUAAGUCACUAACUCUGGAUGUUUAGAUUUAUCUACAGAUGGAAGUCAUAAUGUGAAAGGUCAAAAUUAAACCAGUUCAGUAACAUGUUUUAAUUGAGUUUACCUAUUGGCACACAAUGCUCUGAACAAAUUAUGUGUUACAGGCAGGAGCGUUAACCUGAUAUUUAUUUUCAGACGGUGGAUCAGAGAGGGAAAAUAAUCUUUUACAUGUUAUGCUCUUCUACUGGAUUUUUUGUGAGCAUACCUCAUAUACACUAAUCUCUACUAUUGUCAGUCUCUGUCAUGUCAUAUAUAGGCUAUUUACAUGUUCUGUGAGCACAACCUUAAUUCCAGUUAGUCCGACGCUUGUGUAAGCUUUCUGCAGUUUGACUUGGACAUUGUUUUCACACACUACUGCUGCAUUUAAAAAAAAAAGUACCCAGAGUUUAUUGUGCAGACGGAAGUGAGUGUGUCACUCAUCCCAUGUGGCAGCCAUAAGAUCAAGUAGGUGACUGGGUUUUGCUUUUUUCCCUACAUUGUAAAUGAGUUCAGGUUUUUGUGUGCAAGUUGAGUUGCUUUUAAAAUGUUUUUAAAAUAAUGUUUAGAGGCAAAACACCCCGUGUAAGGAGAACUCAAUUUUAAAACAUGGAUCUAAAAGGGCAAUGAUAACAACCUGAGUGACGGUGUCCAUGUAAAUACACCAACUAUCAUCUAAUUUCUUUCAAAUAAAAUAUUUAUGUGUUA